AUGUUAUUCACCCAUUCGGCCAGCUUCUCGUCGCCCGUGCCGCCUGAAGCAUUAUCAGCAGCGGCAGCAGCAACUUCCGCCGCAGCCACGGCCGGUACCAGCCCUCCCUCAUCCAGGUCAAGCCGCCUGCGACGACUCCUCACCCGCGACACCAACAGCAGCAACGCAAGCGGCGGAGACGCAGGAGGAGUGUUCCCAGGAGGUCUGUCGUCCGGAUUGUCGUCCGGUCUGUCGUCGGGGCUGUCGUCCGGUCUGUCGUCGGGACUGUCAGGACUCUCCGGCGGUCUGAGACGCUCCAACAGCGAAUUCAUCGCCUCGUCCAUCCCGCGAUCAGCAGCACACCGAAGCGGCGGCAGCACCAGCCCCGAAUCCCAACCGUCUCCUGCUCCUCCCAUCACCUCGUCCAACCGCAGGACCAACAACAAUCGUCUCACCCUCCAAUAA